GCAGGUGUACAGGUGACAUCAGGAACGGAAAGCCAAGUCGACAUCACCCUAUAGCCCACCGAAUUACACCUCUCGCACAAGAUGAAGUGUCACCUCGUGCUACAAUUUGCAGUGAUAGCAGCUGGGAUGAUGAAAUGUGGACUCGGUGUAGCAAGUGCAAGUUGCGGAGACUCGAGUGGUGCAUCACCGGUGAACCCUAACGACGAGAGCUCGGAAUCACCUGAAACUCAGUCAUCAGGCUUAUCAGCACAAAUUCCAGGACUGAGUGGAUCUUCAGGCCUUCCAGGACUACAGGAUCUCCCUGGAUUAUCAGGAAUACUAGGUGCCCUCGGACUACCAGGACUGACCAUACCAGGCCUUAAUGGUACAUCAGGUCUCUAUGGAUUACCAGGGCUGUCGAUACCAGGCCUUAAUGGUACAUCAGGUCUCCAAGGAUUACCAGGACUGGCCAUACCAGGCCUUAAUGGUACAUCAGGUCUCCAAGGACUACCAGGGCUGUCAAUACCUAGCCUUAAUGGUACACCAGGUCUCCAAGGACUACCAGGGCUGUCGAUACCAGGUCUUAAUGGUAUAUUAGGCCCCCAAGGAUUACCAGGGCUGCUGUUACCAGGCCUUAAUGGUACAUCAGGUCUCCAAGGAUUACCAGGGCUGUCGCUACCAGGCCUUAAUGGUACAUCAGGUCUCCAAGGAUUACCAGGGCUGCCGAUACCAGGUCUUAAUGGUACAUCAGGCCUCCAAGGAUUACCAGGACUAACCAUACCGGGCCUUAAUGAUACACCAAGUCUCCAAGGAUUACCAGGGCUGUCGAUACCGGGCCUUAAUGAUACACCAAGUCUCCAAGGAUUACCAGGGCUGUCGAUACCAGGUCUUAAUGGUACCCUAGGUCUGCUAGGACUGCCAGGACUACCAGGUGGAUCAAGUAGUUCCAACAGGUCAGAAUCACCUGGGAGCCAAUCAGUAAUCCCUGGCUUGCCAGGGAUACCAAUUCCAGGACUCACAGGCUAGCGAAGUCUGCCAGGGCUACCUCGUCUCAUAGAAGGACAGUCAGGAUGACAGCAAAUUACAGAUGUAUAGCUCUACAGGAAUUACAGGAACCGCUUGGUAGAGCAUGGUGCCAUAGGUGAAUUCGAUGGAGUAUGAAAAACACAGGUGCUUUGUGCAAAAGUCUUCAUCUGACAGACGGCAAAAGGUGUUUUCACAGAACAAAUAGAUAUCAUCAGAUGGCACGUUUAAACAUCUGCAGAAUAAUGAUGUAUGCUAUCUGUCAUGAAACACGCAAAACUCUACACAAUGUGCUCAGACCAUGAUGUUAUGUAACGAUAACAAUAAAGAUGUUUGGACUUGA